UUUCUGCAUGGUGUUGUGUGUACGUUUUCUUAUUUUCAACAAUUUUCACUUCACUGGAUGAGACUGAUCAGUAUCGAAGCCGAUCAAGUUGCUGACUUCUUUUUAAGAUCGUUUUGUUAAUAAUUAUCCGGUCACAAUGGCGAUGUCCAAAACAACCAACACUUACAACCGGCAGAAUUGGGAAGAGUCGGAGUUUCCAGUUUUAUGCCAGACGUGCUUGGGAGACAAUCCAUAUAUCCGAAUGACCAAAGAGCGUUUCGGAAAAGAGUGUAAAAUUUGCAACAGACCAUUCACCGUUUUUCGGUGGUGUCCUGGAGCACGGAUGCGUUUCAAGAAGACAGAAAUUUGCCAAACCUGCUGCAGGUUGAAGAACGUAUGCCAGACCUGUCUUCUUGACCUUGAGUACGGUCUGCCAAUUCAGGUGCGCGACCAGGCGCUUAGGAUCAAGGAUGAUCUGCCUAAAUCUGAUGUAAACAAGGAGUACUACAUCCAGAACAUUGACGCUGAAGUUGCCAAAGGAGGAGAUGUGUCUCUUCCUGCAGGCUCAGUGGGCAAGGCGGCUGCGCACAGCGAUCUUCUGAUGAAGCUGGCUCGCACUAGUCCUUAUUACAAGAGAAAUCGUCCACACAUCUGUUCGUUCUGGGUCAAGGGAGAGUGUAAGCGUGGCGAGGAGUGUCCCUAUCGCCAUGAGAAGCCAACCGAUCCAGAUGAUCCUCUUUCUGACCAGAACAUUAAGGACAGAUAUUAUGGUGUUAACGACCCUGUGGCUGAAAAGUUGCUGAAACGGGCUGAGGCUAUGCCAAAACUGGAGCCUCCAGAGGACCGCAGUAUCACGACCCUUUAUGUGGGAAAUUUAUCUGAAAAGGUUACGGAAAUAGAACUAAGGGAUAACUUCUAUCAAUAUGGCGAAAUCCGCAACGUAACGCUGGUGCCGCGUCAGCAGUGCGCGUUUGUGCAGUACACAACACGAUCAGCGGCCGAGGUUGCUGCUGAACGCACCUUCAACAAGCUGAUCCUGCAGGGCAGACGUGUGACUAUCAAGUGGGGCCGCUCGCAAGCGCGCCAGACCGGCGUGGGCCGCGAUGCUGAGGGCAACUUCAGCGAGCUGGAGCCUGUGCCAGGAUUGCCGGGCGCGCUGCCUCUUCCCUCGGACGACAUGCAUAGCAAUUACUUCAACCUGCAGCAGCCGUACAGCAUCGCUCCCUCUGCCAUUCCACCUAUGCUGAUGCCGCCGCCAAUCGCUGCCUCGCCAGCCUCAUUUUUCUUCCCCAGCCAAGUACGGCCAGUGGGAAUGCAGGCACCUCCACCUAUUCCAGGCUUUGAAGCUCCUCUGCCGAAGGCUACACCCUCAAGUUCGGCCAGCUCACCUGCUGCUCUUAGCUCUGCACCCAAGGUGCACUAUCCAUCUCAAGAUCCAGCUCGACUUGGCGCAACGCAGGGUGUCAACAAAGCAAAGUGGAGUGAGAUGAUGCACGAGCCUGAGUAAUGGACAUUUGCAGUGGAAGCGAGCGCUUUUCGCCUCUUAUUUGUAACUGAUUCAUUUAAAUAUAAACAUAGCCACAGUAAAAUAAAAA